AUGGCUCUUGAAUGCUUAUCAGAACUGAUCAGUCGAUGCCUGGUUGAAGCGGUGAGAAAAAGAAACUAUGAUGGGAGAGUCUACAGUUGCAAAAUGCAUGACAUGAUUCGGGAAAUGAUAAUCAAAGUUGCAAAAGAAGAGAGCUUUUGCAGUUUAGAUGGGAACAAUGCAAACAUAGCCACAAUCCACUCUCGCCGUUUGGGCGUGACAAAUGAAACAUUGUUGCAACCCUUGGAUGGAAACUCAAAGUUAAGGGCACUUCUUCUCACCAAAGCCAAUUGCAUUGGCUUCACUAGGAAGGUUGCAUUGGCCAAAGUCAAGACUCUUCGCGUUUUAGACCUCUCACACGUCAAGUUUGAGAGGAGUUCCGAAUUUUGUGAAAAUGAUAUGUGGCGUUGGAUCACAUCCUUGAAACGCCUAGCUUAUUUGAGUUUUCAAGAUGUGGCAAAUUUGACUAAAUUGCCACGAUCCAUCAAAAAGUUAUGGGGCCUCCAAAUUUUGGUACUUGCUGAAUGCAAGAACCUAAAACAGCUCCCAAGAUCAAUCACUUCUCUUCCAAAGUUGAUCGUCUUGGAUGUGGGGAAUUGUACCUCUCUUUCUUAUCUACCACAAGGUCUCUCCAAACUCUCACAUCUUCAAGAGUUGUAUGGCUUCAAGAUACCUGAUACAACAACACCAAAUGCAUGUCACUUGCGUGAUCUUAAGGGUCUGAGAGAACUUCGAGUACUACAAUUGGAUGUCAUGGAUGGAAGCAUGAUAGAGGAGGACGAACUAACAGUACUCGAACAAUUUCAACAGCUAAGGAUGCUAAUUGUUAAUGCUGGUGACCGUAAAGAUAAAAUUUUCUUAGAGAGGCUGGAGAAGUUGUCACCACCUAAAUCUCUCGAAGAAUUGUACCUAAGGCACUUCUGUGGAAACACUACCCCAGCAUGGAUAGCCCCUGAAUUGCUAGAUCAAUUGCAAUAUCUUUGUAUUGAAGAUUCCAACGUGCUACAACAUAUGAGCGAUCAUUUCAGGGGUAGUGAAGGAAAUAAAUGGAAAAUAGAAGGACUGUGCUUGAAGUUCUUGCCAAAACUAGAGGAGACAUGGGAAGAAAUCAAAAGUGCAAUGCCUGGGCUAAAGUAUGUCGAAGUAAGCCACUGCAGCUCGCUGAAGUCGUUCACGUGUGCAGUUAAGAACAUAGGAUUUUGGAGAAAACCAGAGGAAGAAAAUGAAGAGCCAGAUGUCGUUUCACUCAUGGAAGAACACCAUCAAUGCCAUCACGAAGACGACAUGAACUAGUCCAUUCACCAGCAUCAUUCCAAUCUCUCAGUGUUCAGUUUGUGACAUUGUUUGCUAUCAUUUAUGUUGUCAUAAUACUUGUAUCAUAUUGUACUUAGUUUGAUGCAUUUCUCAUUUCACUUUUGAUAUGUAACAGUAUUGUAAGUAGCUUUCACUGGAAGGUUUCUGUCGUGAUAUUUAGAGUAGUCAUAUGUGUGUAUGGAAUAGCCAGUGUUGCAAUAACAUUUGAGGGUGGUUUUGCUGUA